ACUAAAAUUGCCAGUUGAAGCAACUCGCUAACUGAUGGGAUAGUACUGUGUGGUUCAUCAUUAGGUGAUAGCUUAAAUUCACUAAUUUUGUUUCCUACACAUUCAGUUCUGCAGUCUGUGACGUCCCGGAAGGUCUGGGAAAUUUUAGUUGGGAGUCCGAAAGCCAAAGGUUUGAGCCACAAAGCGAAAAGUAAGCGAGAACCGACCUGUGGUUCGAACGUUAGGCGGAAAUUUCAGAUGGCAGUCGGAAAAGCACGAUUCAAAUAGAUUCUUGCGGUGUGGCUGAAGAGUCCCAGCUCGCUCUCCGUAGAGAAAUGCAACAUGGCGGUGGCCUUCAACAGACUGGCGUUCACAAGAUUGCCGACACGAAUACGCUCCGCUGUCGCAGCGGUGUGUCGACACCAUAACAGUAUGACAACAGACCUAAUCAACAACAUGGACAAAAAAGAAACGUGGGACAGGUUUUACCAGGAGAACAACGGUGUGCGGAACUUUAAGAACUUUGAGUGGUUCUUCGGCUUUGACGCCGUCCGGGACUUGAUCCUGCCCUUGCUGCAGCCGCAGCAAAGCUCCGAUGCCGCGGGACGCGCUCUGGACCUGGGCUGCGGCACGUCGGCCCUGGGACCCGGCAUUUUCCGUCACUCUCCGUGGCCGGUGCACGUCACCUGCGCGGACAUCUCACCUGUUGCCGUGCGCCUUUUGAAAGAACAGUCGAAAAGCAAGCCGAUACAGCCGGGGCACCCAUCUUCCAGCCUGACUUUCCUUGAAAUGGACUGUAGUGUACUCCAGACCCAGUUUGAGCUCGGAAGCUUGGACUUGAUCAUAGAUAAGGGCACUACCGAUGCCCUUCUGAGGUCGAGGGAGGGUCGAGCAAAGGCAGGCCAGAUUUUGAGAGAGUGCUUGGGGGUGUUACAACAGUCGGGGUGUCUACUCCAGUUUUCUGAUGAAGACCCAGAUGCCAGGAUGUUGUGGUUGGAGAGGGAGAGUGGGGGUCUGGGGGAAAGGGCAGCAGGGAUUGGGGUGCAGGAAGUUGGGGUUUUGAGGGGAGUUUGUUAUUACUGUUACUUGAUAACCCCGCCUUCGAGAGCACAUUGACUUCACCUCCAUCAGCCUGUCAGUGUUACAUGGCAGUGACAGUACUUCUGUGUAGUCCUUGUACCAGUAGAGCUCACUGACAUAUUUUUUUAAAUCAAAAAUAAUAAUAAAAAAAGCACUACAUGU